AUGCUAAGGAGGACUCUUGAUGGAAUGGGAGAUGAUGAUCAGGAAGCUGGUGUUAAGGAUCCAGAACAUGAUCAUAUUGAUGAUCAAAAUGACGGUGAAGUAGGUGUAGAGUACAUGUUGACAAAAGAGAGGAAGGAGAUGUUGGUUGAGAGUAUAGUUGAUGAAGAGACCAGUCAAGAAACACAAGAUCCGUUGGUAAGAAAAAGGAAGCCCUCAGAAAGAUAUAUCAAGAUUAAGUUGAAAAAGGCAGUGCAUGAUCCAGAUGGAGGUCGUUCAACAACUGAUAAAGCACUUACAUUGGACAGAUGUUGUUAUGGAUGGGGAGUUAAUUGGGCAUAA